GUUUAUGUUCAUCACUUCAGGUAUCGUAAGCUGAGUGUAAAGACGCACUUCUGGACGUGAAACAGAAGCUCAGUCUCUCGAUCUACCUGCUCCUACAUCCUGAACGGUCAUCAUGUACAGCAUAGUGGUGGAGAGCAUCUACCUCCUGGUCAUCGUCACCCUCAUCAGCGUCCUUCAGAAUGCUUUCUUUGCCCUGAAGGUAGAGAAGGAGGGCAACUGUCAAAAUAUCCCCACAUCUACUUUUGAACGAGUUUGCUGUGCCAAUCGUAACUGCAUGGAUGCUUAUCCCACCUUCCUGGCAGUGAUGUGGUGUGCCGGUCUGUGUCUCAAUCAAGCUCCUGCUGCCUUUGCCGGGAUCAUCUAUCUUGCUGUCAGGCAGAAGUACUUUGUUGGAUACAUGGGACAAACCUCUCAGAGCACUCCAGGCUACAUGUUUGGAAAACGCAUCCUCUUCUUCCUGUUCUUGAUGUGCAUCGUGGGCAUCUUUAACUACCUGCUGGUGCGUUACUGCAGCAGCGAAUACAAGGAAUACGUGGAAACCAUCACCGGCGCCGCAUCUGCUCUCCUCCUCAUCCCUUAGUGCCGCGUGUGCCACAUGAUGGCAACAAUACAUUUAUCUUUUAUCUGAUGGGAACUGAAUUAAAACACUGGCUUUCUAUUGUUUUUUUGUAAAAGAGCAUUUAUUGUGUUUGAUAAAAAUAAAAAAAACUU